GUUGUCUGCAAAAAAACAUCACACGAAGAAGAAACGUCAUCGCUUCAACACGGAGCGGGAAACCCGGGAGGAGAUGUUAGAGAUGUUAGAGAUGUUAGAGAUGGAGGCAGGAGGUGAAGACGGUCUCUCUCCGGCCUCUCUGAAGCUCUACGAGGCGCAGUUCUUCGGCUUCACUCCGCAGACAUGCAUGCUGCGGGUCUACAGCGCCUUCCAGGACUGUCUGUGCGACAUCCUGCCCGUGGUGGAGAAGGUGUGUGUGAGGCAGCUCGGCAGAGGAGAGUCUACCGGAGCCGGUACCGAGGAGGAGCUGCUCCGGUCCCGGGCCAGAGAGUGCAGCCGGAAGCUGCAGCAGUUCCUGGAGGAGCGGUUCAAGCAGAUGUCGGAGCGGAUGGAGGCUCUGCUGGCGGACCGCUGCUUCUCCAUACCGACUAAUGUCCUGCUGCCAGAGGACCAGACACACAGGAACUACACCCAACACACACAGGUGGGUGGAGGAGUAGAUAAACACACACAGGAGGUGCUGAGGCUGGAGUCGUCCCUCGCUGACCUCCAGAGAGCCUACGAGGCGGAGGUGUGUGCUAGACAGGCCCUGCUGGCAGAGCUGGAGGAGCAGAGGGAGGUGCAGAAGCAGCUGGAUGGGAUCCUGACGUGGGUCAGAGAGCUCCAGGCGGCCUGGGUGAAGGAAGGUAACGGUAGCUUCCAUGACAGUUUCAGGCUGGUGAUGGAGUCUGUGAAGAAGCUGCAGGAGGCCGUUGGGGAGGUCUACAAUAAGGCACCUCAGUGAAUUGAACUCACAUUUGUAAAAUUUUUGUUAAAGGCUGACCCGAAUGCUUCUCAGCUUUGACCAUUGCCAUGGUAAUCGAUCUCCAAAUCACUAUUCAAAUGCUUCAUUGUUUAAUUUUUGUUUAUUUUUUUAUAUAUAUAUAUAUAAGUAUG